UGGUCAAAAGGGAGACAAGAUAAAUUCGAUAUCGAGGAUCAACUAUUCAAGAAAUGAUCAAUCAAAUGGAGGAGAUUGGUUUUCCGGGAGAGUCGGAGAUUGGUUUUUCGGGAGAGUCGUCUGAAAUUGCGUUUUCCGAGUCGGAGAUGGAGGCGGCGAAGCAGCUAAUGCAAUUGAGCGAAGACGAUACGUUGAGCUGUAGCAGCGGCACUGGCACUGCCUGGAGCGUCUCCGCUUGUGAAGGCGAUUAUAAUACCAAGAGACAAGAAACUGUUGUUAGUUCCAUGGUCGGGGAGGAGCAGAACGACGGCGUCUGGAGGAUCAAUAAUAAGAAUGUUACGGACGGACGGAGGUUUAUGAAGGCGAUCACGGAGACGAAGGCAUUGAUAAAUAAGAAGAAGCAGAAGAAGCUUCGGUCUCUCGCGAGCAUCUACAGAGCCACGAAGGAGAUGACGAGAGGCUAGUGACGCGAUGGCUAAUUAUGUUUGUUUAAAGCGUGUUUUUGAUUACUUUCUUUAUGGGUUCUCUAUGUAAAAUAUUUUAGUAGCGUUGAACAAUUAAGGAGAAGGUGCUAGAAGAAUUGUGAAUCUUUGCAACUAUUUUAACAGAAAAUUUUGUUUGACAAAA